CGUCGCCCCGGGCCGCCCCCUGGCCGCGCCCCACGCCCCGGCGGCGGCGCCCAGCGCUUUAUUCGCCUCUGCCGCCCGCGGGGAGCGGCUGUGGCCGGGAAGAUGGCGAGCCGCAGCCUCCGCCUGCUGCUCCUCGGGUACUUGGGGGUCCUCAGCUAUUGUAAAGUAUCUGGAAUUUCCAUUGAAACGGAUAACAAAAACGUAAAAGCAGAGGAGUUUAAGGAGGCCAUUCUUAGUUGCAAGCACAAAUUUUCAAAAGCGAUGAGCUUCAGAAUAGAAUGGAAAAAAAUCCAGUCCCAAGGAGUCUCAUUUGUCUACUACAAUGGUGAAUUUACAGGUGAUCUUCGAGGCCGAGCUGAGAUGCUGAAUACAGGAAUCCGUAUUAGAAAUGUGACCAGAAAGGAUUCUGGGACCUACCGCUGUGAAAUCAGCGCAAAGAGCGAAGAGGGGCAACGCCUGGGAGAGGCUACUAUUACUCUCACAGUAUUGGUUGCUCCAGCUACGCCAGUAUGUGACGUACCCAGCUCUGCAAUGACAGGAACAGUAGUGGAACUGAGCUGUAAGGAGACAGAGGGGUCUCCUCCAUCGGAGUACCAGUGGUACAAAAAUGGUGUUGCCUUACUGGAAAAGACAGGAACAGGCAGUGCUAGAGCUGCAAACAUAACUUACACCAUGAAUAAAAAGUCUGGCACUCUGCUAUUUAACACAGUUACAAAGAGUGACACUGGAGAGUAUUUCUGUGAAGCCUCCAAUGGGAUUGGAUUAUCUCAGAAAUGCUCAGUGAAGCGAAUGCAAGUUGAUGACCUUAAUGUAAGUGCUAUCAUCGCUGCUGUAGUAGUUGUGGCUCUGGUAAUGGCAUUAUGUGGUCUUGGAGUACUUUAUGCCCAAAAAAAGGGCUACUUUACAAAGGAAAGCUCUUCCCAAGGGAAGACGAACUAUCAAUCUACAAGUGAAAAGGAUUUCAAGCAUACCAAGUCCUUUGUUAUUUAGAAGAUUUCAGCCUCUGUGAGGGACAUCAAAUGACUACUUGUUAUACAAAAGUAUCAAAGGGAUCUUUUGACCUCUACUCUGUAAAUAUCAUUUCCACGUACUACACACUGAAAAUGGGAACUGCCAAUGUUUAGACCUAGUCAACCUAACUGCUUGACUGCUUUUAAAAAACAAAACAAAACAAACAAAACAAAAAAACCUUAACUUAAAGGUAGGCCUAAAUUGAAUACACAAGUCAAUUUGUGUGAUGAAUUCUCAUUUUGUUCAUGUGUACAUGCAGCAGUACAGGAUUCACUCUUACAGCUUGGAACAGUCUAUUCAAAUAACUUCCACACAUGGCCUUGCUACCACUGCUUCUGCUAAGUCUUCACCAUUGUCAAGGAUUCAAACACUCCUGCAAUACUGACUUCUUAGUAGCUUGACACUGCAUGAGAUUUGCCAAAGCCAUCUCUAAGUGUGUAAGUAAUCAUGCAGACUUAAACUCACUAUCCUGACAAAAUAAAGCUUCCUGUAUCUGAGGCUAAAGCAGUGAUUUAUUGUUUAAUACAAAAUGCCUACAGCUCCUUUUCUACAAGGAAGUCUCAUUCUCUCUUUGUAGCUUGGACAUGUAAUUUUAUUCUGAAGAAAAAUCAUGCCAGUACAACUCAAGCUGUAGCAUCUGGACCCUAACUGUUGAAGUGUCACAAAUAAAAACUUCCUCAGAACCUGAAGUGUUUGUGUUAGUUAUUCAGUUACUGGAAUUUAAAUCUCACAGCCUCAUUAACAGGUUUCAGUUGCUUCUAUAAGAUGAACACUUCACUUGUGUGUUCAUUGAUGCACUGUAAAACUAGUGUAUUUGUGCAUAUACUUCUGACUGUGCAGGGCCAUCGCUAGCACUGGGCUUUGCUACUGAUUUAGGGUUCAUGGGUUUGGUUUUUUUUUGUGCACAAGCUUUUUGGAUGUGACGAACUCGGAAAACCAAGUAGUUCCUUCUUGGUCUAUCAUUAUUGGUGCAGUAACA